UCUAGUACUGGGCCCUAAUAUGGACUGUAGUUCUUUUCUCGGAUGUUCUGCGAUUCGCAUCACUCUUUCCUAAUUUUGUUCCGAACUUGGGUUCUUUGUCAUAACAACAGACACUGUCAUUUUUCAAUUUAUAAAUCGGAUAUCAAACCAUCUAUCAAAGGUAAGCCACAACCUUGUCUAUCCAGUCGUUUUGACAAAUGAGUCUUUCCAUUACUUUUGUGCAAGACGGUUGAGCGUGCAAGAAAAGUUCCUUUGGCCUUGGGAAUCCAUGAAUGCAUUUCGCGACACGACUAAGCAUGGAGCGGCGAACAUCUACUACGAUUGAGACGACGAAGAAUCAUGAGACAUCAAAAGGACGUCAACACACAGCGACCACUCAAAUGCGAAAAUAUAUCCAUUGUCGACUAGAGCUGUUCGAGUGAAUGUAUGAUCGUCACUUUUUGGACGACGAUACGAUCGCAUCGCUUCUCUUUUCGAAGUGUCUCCGAAGAAAGAAUAACAAGAAUUGUUUAUUAUCUAUUCAUUCUUGUCAUUUUUCCUAGGACUCUUGUACUGGGCGGAUAUUCCGUCUUUUGUUACCAAUGGUUGAUUCACCCUGAAGCCAAGAUUGUUUUUUCAGUUUCAUAUCAUUCCUUCUUGGACGGACGUAAAAGAUGUCGUGCAUGAUGGUAUUGAUCGAAAAUUCAUAAUUGGUGGUUAGCAAUCCGACGCACCGAUGUCAGAUGCCGUUGAUGGUGAGAAGAUCAGCAUGGUGGUAAGGGAGAAGAAAAGAACAUUCGCAAUUUUCUUGACUCUCCUCUCUAUUUUCUGCUCACCGCCACGACGGUGUGCCUUCAAAAAAACGCCAAAAAAGGAUCCGAGAAAAGGAAUUUGGCGUACGGCAUGGUUCAAAAAGACCCUCCGAUAUUUUCGACGGUGGAAAGUCUCCAAUGCCACAUGGAGCGAUACAUGCGCGUGUCGAGGGGGUGCGACAAGAAGAAAAAAUGCUACGGACUUCUUUCGAAGCGGUUCAACACGUACGAGGUUCAAUUUUUUUUUGGGAGAAGAUUGUCAUACGUACCUCGCCGUACUUUGUAGUCGUAGACACUCGCGCACAGUCACACAACGAAUCGUGGAAAUACUAGCCAAUCAGUCUCAGUCACGUUUGAAAACACUUUUUUCAAAAAAAAAAAAACAGCUGAUCGAUUACGUACCAAUGAAGGAAGUGAUUAUCUCACGAACGAUCUUCUUUGCCAACUUCCUUUUCUUACACUUGUUUAUGAUCACGUGACCACGACAGUUGCACAGAACAUGAAGUUUGGAAAAACUCUUGCUGAACGAACCUUGAAAGAAUGGCGUUUUUAUUAUGUUGAUUACAAGGAUUUGAAAAAAUGCAUCAACAAAUCAAAAGAAGAUUCCCUGUCCCAAGAGGAAACAAAAGCCGCGUUCGAUGCAAUCCUUCACCUUUCUGAGAAGAAGUUAAGCAAAUUCUACCAUGACAAACAAGCAUGGGCUGAAGGAUACAUUCCGACGUUGGAAACACGUGUCGAAGAUUUACGAAAAUCCGCAUCGCUUCCCGGAUCUCCAGGAUCACCCUCCAGUAUCAGCAUGAAUGGAUCUAUGACCUCCGAUGAUUUUGAGGUUUUGACUAGCUCCAGUCCAACCGGGAUUGCAGAUAACCUCCAACUUCGCCUGGACAAAUUAACCAUCGAUGGCAACGAACGCGAUUCGGAUGGAGCGUUUUUGAAGCAGGCUUACCGUCAAAUGGGUGCAUCCAAGCACUUUCAAGACUUCAUCUACGCAAAAAAAUCCCUGGUCACAUUCCAACGAGAGUUGGAUCUCCUCCUCGAAUUCCUUGAUAUCAAUAAGACGGCAUUUUCGAAAAUUCUUAAGAAAUUCGACAAACAGACUGGGUCGUCUUUCCGAGAGGACCGUCUCGAUGAGAUUCUACAGAGAAAUGCAUUCCUCGAAGGAGAAGUCCUCAUGAAGAUGAAACGAAGGGUGGAGGGUUUGAUAGAGGAGGUAACCUCGCUCAAGCCCCGCCUUCCCAACGGCUGGGAAAAUCGCAAAGUUUAUACAAUUGGUUGCUUCGAUUUGUUUCACCGAGGGCACCAGAAUGUUCUUCUUUCGCUGAGGGAAUUCGGAGCUUAUCUCAUAGUAGGCAUCCAUGACGACGAAAGCUAUUUUAAGCUCAAGAAUAAAUACACCAUCGACAACCUCGAAACUCGCAUGAAUAAUGUGAAGCCAUUUGCAGACCAGAUUUAUGUCAUUCCAUCGACCGACCCAUUGGUAUACAUCAAGAACAUGGUAUCCGACCAAGACAUAGCGAAUGGAUCAUGCUGCUAUGCUAGAGGAGACGAUAUGCUAAACUUCCCAUCGCGGGAAUGGGUUGAGUCGGUCAUGCCGGUCCACUUCGUGCCAAGGACUGAAGGAUGUAGCUCGACUCUUAUUCGAACAAUCUAUCAUUCAGAGAAUCAAGAACUCCGACAGAAAGCGGCUUUCGCAAAAACGCGCUACGACGGAAAACCUAUUGAUGAAGAUGGCAACGUGCUCAAGCUGAAAGCAUGAAUUCCAUCCUCCUAUUUUUGAAAAUCACACCAGUUUCAUUUUUCUUCAUCUUCGUUGGCACAUUAUCGAAGCUUAUAUAUAGCUGUUUUACUUUUAGGUCUAAUUUCUAUUUAAUGAC